AUAAACCUUACGUGUCUGCUCCGCAAAUGUACAAUUUGGCGAAAAUUAAUGCAUCUUAUUUGGACGAGUUUUUCCGCUUUGUCGCAAUGCCGGUUGUUGCUCAGGUCACUUAUUGCGCUUUCGGGGCAACGGACAACGAAUGCAAACCGUAUCCUGGUGCAAAAGGGUUAUUCUACAAUUGGGAAUCUGGAAACUCGUCCCUGAUAGACACACCAAGUGGAAAGUGGAUAACUAGAAUGAUUGAAGAAAACAUCGGCCCUUUCGACGACAACAUCGGAAAAUGUUCGACACUGGUUGGCAGAAACCUCACUUUAAAGCACGGUUUACACAACAGAAUCAUCAUUGACCUCGACUCCGGCAUCCGAAGACCACCGCUGUACAAUUACAGAUCAGGAAGCUGGAACGAAUGGCUUACGAAGUCUGACUGGUUGACGACAUCCUGGUCCUUGUACAUUCACGAAGUCAAAGAAGCCGUCGGAAGUUACGCUUUGGUCAACGAAAUCGAGAGGCUGAAAAUAAAUUUUGACACCAUCACGGACGUGACAUUUACAACGGAAAAAUACAUCACCUUGUCCAAGGACGAUCAGCUUUGCAACGACGAUCCAAGCUACAGUCAUCAACGAUGCAGGCAACGCUGUUACGAAGAAUUCGUCAUCCCGUGUACGAUUCCGGGGGUCAACCAAGAAAAUACAUCCGCAAUUUCUCAAAAAAGCCGCGAGAAAACAGGAUUCAAGCAGCCGAGGGAAUGUAACAUGAAGGACACCCGAGAUGACAUUGAUUAUGGUUUAGUAAAAGCAAGUUUAUUCACCAGAAAUGGAAGCAGGGCGUUUCAGGAUGCAAUGGAUAAUUGCUGUGCUAAACCUUGCACUUAUUACAGGUUUCGGGCCCAACAGUUUCUAAGCUACGUCUACAAAAAAGCCUCAGAGAUGAGAAUGCUCGGCGUUAGACCAGCUGAGGAUUCAUACAAGGCAAAAAUCCGCAUCGGAAUCGGAGACAGUCGCGUCAAGGUG